GCUGGCAGCACCCAAAAUCCGGCUGUCACCAUGGCAGGGGGGCACAGGAUCAGAGGCAAGAAGAAGAAGAAGUAUAGAAAGCUGCAACCAGAGGAGCAGAUCCAGCUACAGGAGGAGCAAGAGGUGACCCAGACGGAGGUGGACAGCAGCCAGCAGGAGCCCCCAGGGCAGCCAGAGCAGAGCAAAGACAAGAAGAGCAAGAAAAAGAAGAAAAGAGGCUGCAAGAAAGUGCACCUGUCCCCUCUCCCAGACAGGUAUGAGCCCCUGGAGGAGACAGCAGAGGAGUCUGAGAGCAAGGAGGACAAGAAGUACAAGAGGAAGCAGAAAGUGAAAAAGUAUGCCAAGAAUGUUGGCAAGGCUGUACGGACUGGCUGCCGCUACUUGUUGAUUGGUAUCCAGGGACUGGCAAGUGCCUACAUAGCUCCGUUUGGUGUCUCUACGGUGGUGCUCACCAACGUGUCCCGCUAACCUGAUCCAAUCCUUUGAGUCCAAACAUU